AUGAGACUCCAAAGACUGAUAGCUCUCUCUGCCUUUACAAGUGCUGUCUGUGCAAUUGAUGUUGUAAAUGGUGUCUUGAAGACUCACACCGGGAAGCUCGAGUUCUCGGCUUCAACACCUGCUAAGGAAGCCGUUGUGUUUGACUCGUCAGCUUCUAAAGUCGAUAUCUCGUUCGAUAUUGUUACAGAGACUGUUCCGGAUCAGAUCGUGAUUAAAGUCUCUAACAAGGAAGGAUUGGAGGCUUCUUUCAACCCAGUUGUUAAAGAAGGUGAAGGCUCUCUAACUGCAAAGUAUACACUCUCGUAUGGUAAAUUACCAAAGGUUUUCACAAAGGAACCAUUCUUGGAUGUUUCCAUCAUCGCUGCAACGACCUCUGAUGACGCCCCAGUCUUUGCAAAGAUUGCUUCUCUUGAAUUGGCUGAAUCCCUCAUAUCAGAGUCGAAAUAUGUCAAACCUCAAAGAUUUGAGGUGAAACCAGAGAUCCAUCACAUCUUUAAAGAGAAACCAAGAAAUGUUAAUUCUGUCAUUGCCAUUACAUUCGCAUCUCUAUCUGUCGUUGCUCUCUUUGGUCUCAUCAUUUCAUGGAUUGCGGAAGGUGCUAUCAAUUUUACAAACUUCCCAACUACAAACAUUUCACACUGGGCAUUCAUCCUGACAAUAGUGGGCUAUGAGGUCGUCUUCUUCCAAUACUACUUGGGUUCUUCAAUCUUUGCUACAAUCUUCAAGGUUGGUGCCUUAACACCUCUUUCUGUUUGGUUUGGAUCAAAAGUAUUGAAUUACGUUGGGGCCUUGAGAUUGGCUGGUAAAAGAUAA